GCGGCGCCCCGCACCCGCGCCAUGGUGACGGGAGCGGCGCCGGGGCCCCGCUGCCGGGAGCGGGACCGGGACCGGGAGCGGGAGCGAGCCCCGGCCCCGGUGCCCGCAGCGGGCAGGAGGGCGGCGGCGGCGGCGGCGGCGGUGGCGGGGCUGUGCGCGCUGUGCUACGGCAACGCGCUGCCGGGGGAGUUCGUGCACGACGACGUGUGGGCCAUCGUCAACAACCCCGACGUGAGGGCGGCCGCCCCCGUGGCCGCCGCCUUCGCCAACGACUUCUGGGGCAAGCGGAUGGCGGAGAACACCAGCCACAAGUCCUACCGGCCCCUCUGCGUCCUCACCUUCAAGUUAAACAUAUUACUGGCUGGUAUGAACCCCUUCUAUUUCCACGCGGUGAAUGUAAUUUUACACUGUCUAGUGACUCUUGUGCUGAUGUAUACUUGCGACAAAGCUGUGUUCAAGGACUGUCGACUUGCUUUUGUCACAGCGCUGUUCUUUGCUGUGCAUCCCAUUCACACCGAGGCUGUAACAGGUAUAGUAGGCAGAGCGGAUGUCCUAGCCUGUCUACUCUUUCUGUUGGCUUUUCUCUCCUAUAAUAGGAGUGUGGAUCAGCUUUAUGUUGGGGAACAUUUCCCUCCCACUGCCUCCCCAUUCUUUUUGCUGCUUAGUUUAUUCCUUGGGACGUGUGCAAUGCUGGUGAAAGAAACUGGAGUCACCGUGUUUGGUGUGUGCUUGGUUUAUGACUUCUUUUCCCUCUCCUGCAAUGCCCUCAAACUGAGAAAUGGGGGGAUCCACCAGAGACCUGCCCGGCAGUGCGUGGCUUCGACCCCUGCCUCGCUGCCAGUCCCUGCGGCCGGCCGGGAGAACGGGAAGCAUCGCUUCGCUCACAGGGGCGCCUGGAGCUCGUGCCACCCCACCUCGCCCGAGGAGCAGCGCAGCGGUGGCCUUCCUGUGCCCAGCAAAGCUAUCUGGGCCAUUCGGAGCUACCUGACUGCAAAUAACAACCAGAAUUUCUUGUAUACUGCAAGGCCGUUUUUGAAGAGAGCUGCCCUGGUAAUAAGCUAUGUGAUUCUCGUUUUGUAUUUCCGCCUCUGGAUAAUGGGAGGAUCCAUGCCAAUGUUUUCAGAACAGGACAAUCCAGCUUCAUUCUCACCCUAUUUGCUGACGAGGUUUCUAACUUACUCCUACCUUCUGGCCUUCAAUGCGUGGCUUCUGCUGGCACCGAUUACCCUGUGCUAUGACUGGCAGGUCGGCAGUAUCCCUCUGGUUGAGUCUGUCUGGGAUGUGAGGAAUUUGGCCACGGUCUUGCUGGUCGUGGUGCUGGUGUUACUCAGCCUACACUGCAUCGCUGCGUUCAAGAAACUGGAACAUAAAGAAGUUUUGGUUGGCUUGUUGUUCCUGGUUUUCCCAUUCAUCCCAGCCAGCAACCUCUUCUUCAGGGUGGGAUUUGUGGUGGCAGAGCGAGUCCUUUACAUGCCGAGUAUGGGGUACUGCAUCCUUUUUGUCCAUGGUCUAAAGAAGCUGUCUACAUGGUUAAAUAAGUGGAGAAUUACUGUUUUGACUCUCUUUGCUUUACUGCUGCUGCUAUUCUCUUGGAAGACCGUGAAACAAAAUGAAAUCUGGCUCUCAAGAGAGUCCCUUUUCAGUUCAGGAGUGAAGACUCUGCCCCACAACGCCAAGGUGCACUACAACUAUGCCAAUUUUCUGAAAGACCAGGGCCGUAAUGUUGAGGCGAUCUACCACUACAAAACUGCUCUCAAACUGUACCCUCGUCAUGCAAGUGCUCUCAACAACUUGGGGACGUUGACCAAAGACGUUUUGGAGGCAAAGGACUACUACAGACGGGCCCUUCAGUUAAACCCUCAACACAAUCGAGCUCUCUUCAAUCUCGGCAACCUGCUCAAGUCCCAAGGAAAGAAGGAGGAGGCUGUAAUGUUACUGAGGGACUCCAUCAAAUAUGGCCCAGAAUUCGCAGAUGCUUACUCAAGCCUGGCCUCGCUGUUGGCUGAACAGGAACGGCUGAAGGAAGCAGAGGAGGUCUACAAGGCUGGCAUAGAGAAUUGUCCAGAGAGCUCCGAUCUGCAUAACAACUACGGAGUAUUCUUGGUUGAUACCGGGGCUCCAGAGAGAGCAGUGUCCCACUACAGGCAGGCCAUCCGUCUGAGCCCAGCUCACCACGUCGCCAUGGUAAACCUGGGCAGGCUUCACCGCUCCUUGGGUCAGAACAAAGAGGCUGAAGCGUGGUACAAGCGGGCACUGAAGGUAUCCCGGAAAGCUGAAAUCCUGUCCCCACUGGGGGCUCUGUAUUAUAACACGGGGCGAUACGAAGACGCUUUGCAGGUUUACAGAGAAGCAGCAUCUCUGCAGCCUUCAAACAAAGAGAUCCGACUGGCUCUGGCCCAGGUUUUAGCAAUGAUGGGGCGGACGAAGGAAGCGGAAAAGAUGACAAACCAUAUAAUCAGCGAAGAUGUGGAAUGUCUGGAGUGCUACCGCCUUCUGUCAGCCAUCUUCAGCAAGCAGGAACAUUAUGCUAAGGCACUUGAAGCUAUAGAUAAAGCUCUUCAGCUAAAACCAAAGGAUCCAAAAAUCUUAUCAGAGCUCUUCUUCACUAAAGGAAACCAGCUAAGAGAACAGAAUCGCCUCGAUGAGGCUUUUGAGAGCUAUAAACGGGCUGUGGAGCUCAACCCAGACCAAGCACAGGCCUGGAUGAACAUGGGAGGCAUUGAGCACAUCAAGGGAAACUACAUCACUGCCCGUGCCUACUAUGAGACAGCUUUGCAGCUGGUUCCAAACAGCAAGUUGCUGAAGGAGAAUCUGGCCAAACUGGAUCGCUUAGAAAAACGGUUUCAGGAAGUCCAGGAGAAAGAUCAGACAUAGCAUUCAGUCAUACCAGUGGAAAGAAACUCGUGCUCCUUGGAGAAGAAUGUGGUGGAAGCCUAUUGCUUGAAGUGAUGUUGAAGGAACUUUGACAGGACUCAGAAUUAUGGAAGGCAAAUUUUGAAUGCACGCUUGUUUGACCAAAGUUACAGGAGGCACUCAGUUCCUGUGGGACAUGCUGGAGAACAAAUGAAAACCUUCCUUUAUUCAAGAUUUAUGUUUAGGCCGAACCCAUUUUAAUCACACCAGGAGUGUGGGUGGGACAGAAAACUCCAAUAUCAUGGUUAUCACUGGGGAAGCCAUGGAGACAAAGCACUCAUUCAUUGCAGUGGGGUGAAGUAGGUCUCCUGUUACUCAAACAGUCUCACCUUGUCCACAGAAAGUACUACUGAUGGGCUUCGUUGCAAGUGUUGCCAGAUCUAUUUGAGCCAGGAAAGAUUGUCCUAAUGGUCACAUAAAAAGGUUUUAAGGGGUUGAUGGUGAGGAAAAGGUGGCCACUCAUACAGCUCUAAAUGUGAUUUGAAAAUGAUUCUAAGGAAAGGGAAAAUAGUAUCUGAAUAUCACUCUAGUAGGAUAAUUGUACAAGUAGGACAAAAGAUCCUUUGAGCGAAAACCUCAGCUGAAUGUUUUACUCAUAAGAUAAUCAUUUUGUAAUAAUUCCAGUUCAUGAUACCAAUAUUGUCAAAAAUCAUAUGGCUUUACCCUUUUCUCUCUCCCUGCAGGCCAAAUAAUUAUUACGCUGAAAAAAAAAGGAAGUAUCUAAAGGCAGUGGGAAACUCUAGGAUUACUUGUCUUCCUGUCCAGUCUCCAG